AGCCCUUUUAUUGGUUUUUUGGUUUAAUAAUUCAUCAGAGAUUAAUAAUUCACUAGUGUGAGAUUCAAGAAAGUCAACUGGAGGUAGUAAAUGGGUUCAUUUGGCAUACAUCUCGAUAACCCGACGGUUCAAGGCACCUCUAUUCUGUGUUGAAGCUGAUACUAUGAACUGGACAGUGGAAAACGGCUCUAUCGCACAACCGCCUUUUUUCUGCAGCGGAAAUGUGCAAUCAGAACGCGAAGAGAGUGUCAUUUCAGCGUACCUGGUAAUUAUCGUGUCAGCUUUGAUAUCAGUCGCUGCUGUUAUCCUGAAUAGUCUUAUAUGUUAUAUUAUGGCUACAAACAGCCAUCUACGGACACCUUCAGGUACACUUGUAUUAUAUAUGGCCAUCACUGACUUUCUCACUGGUAUUGUCACCGUGCCUUUAUCUAUAGCCAGAGAGUCUCUCUUUGUUAUGGAAACUCCACACAACUGUCUUGUAGAUGAUAUUUUUUGGCAUUCAGGCGUUGUACUUACUAUGGUAACUUUGCUUCUGCUGUCACUUCUAAGCGUUGAUAGAUAUUUGCAUGCUUUGCAUAGUAGAAAAACGAGCGGAUGGAAACUGAACAGGAAAUACAACUUUCUGGUUGCCUUGAUCUGGCUCAUAGCCAUUGGAGCUAGCGUCUCAGUGUCUAAAAACGAAUAUUAUCAGGCAGUGUCUGUUGCACCUGGUAUCUUCAUUGGAAUUGUUACCCUCGCCAUCCUUUGUAUCGCCUUCACGCACGCAAAAGUUUGUCUUUUUCUGCUGAAGAGUAGAAAAGUCGUCGCAGGAAGUUCCGUUCAACCUUCAUCCGAUUUCAGAAGGCGAUAUGUACGCAAGUCAGUGGUUACACUGAUUAUAAUAAUUGUUUUCUUUGGAAUUUGCUGCAUACCACGACUUAUCUACACGAUCUUGAAGCUUCGACAUGGACCUAACGGAUAUGAAGAACUGUAUACGUGGUCGGCUACAGUGGUUUUCGUCAAUAGUGUUGUCAACCCAAUAAUCUAUAUUAGCAGGAGCAGCAACAUCCAACGGAUACUGAAAAGAUAUUUGGAAAACCUUGUACAAUCAAGGCAAGGCAGUGAGAUGGACGUUCAUCCGCUCUGAUGAACUUCAAGACAAACAGAAACUUUUGGGGAAUACAGAUUCAUAGCCUGAGUCGAAAAUUUGUAGAAUCUUAAGGGGAAUACAGAUUCAACCAGGGAUUCAAAAAUUGUAUCUUGAAAAAUGUAGUUAUCUAUAGUGUAAUACAGAUUCAACGAAGGAAUGGAAAUAAUUUAUUCUUUAUUUCUCUCUGUUUGAAUGAUGUAGCACAUAUUGGAUAAACUGAAUAGAUUCUGUAUAAUGUUGCAACCUUGACAGUGACUACGAAGAGCCAGAGCAAGUGCUCCUCUUUUUCGAGGAUUUGUAUAUAUUACCUCUUAUUUGGUAUAUUUUGGCUUUGGGUGUGAAGAAAGAAAAAAGCCACCCCAGACAAGCAAAAUUAUGAACUGCGUUUGAAACACCAAUGAAAAGAACAAUUCAUGAAUCUUAAGAUUCUCAGUCAUAAUAACACCUAGUAGCCUAGUAGUAGGUUGUUGAGAUUUAGAGACAAUGCUUGAUAAGACUAUGCUCAACUUUUUUCAUAGGAAUUUCACUUCUUGUUCGUGCUGUUUUCGUCACUUGAAGAUCAAGUGCUGUGCGCAGCAACUCUUUACGCAAUAGGGACUGGAGGUGAGUCUUCAAGACUUUUCUUCUCUCCCCUUGUGUUUCGCAUUCCUUAUCAGAAACAUCUUAUCGUCGGAAGAAAUCGUUG